GUUUUUACUUGCUUGGAUCCGAAACCGUGGAGCUUCUGUUUCGGGGGUUUGAGAUUGCCUCCAAAGUGUUCGAUGAAAUGACGAAAUGAACAUCUGUGUAUUAGAAAACUAAAGAGAGGAAGAGAAUCAAGAGAUGGCGUUGAGGCAGCUGUUGGGAUGGUCAGAGGGAGACUUGAUGAGAUCAGAUGCAAAACCAUGCUCCAAAUUGAUGAAACAGACCGCUGCCAUUUUCACUGUCGGUGGAGCUCUCGGUUUCUGGGUUCUCUGCAGACUUCACUAUGGUCCAAGGAUAACUGUGCCGAGAAGCCUGAGGUGGGCGGGCUGUGGAGCCGUGACCGUUAGUACCUCCACGGCUCUGCUGGUUCGUCUCUUCAGUCCGGAGUGCGAGCCACAGAAUGUUGCUGCCUUUGACCUUCCCAACCAGCCCAAAGCUUCACUUCCAUGAGUGUGUAACCAACCACUUCAUAUCUUUGCCCUUAAGUUUUUUUUCCCCCAUUGAACUUCUAUAUGUAUGUGAAUUCAUAUGUAUAAAUAAACUUUACUUUUUAUACAAC